AUGGCUGCCAACGGCUCGACGUACGCCCUCUCCCAGGGCCACAAGGAGUUGCUCGAGAAGUCUCUGAUCGACUCCGACCCUGAGGUCGCCCAGAUCAUGACCCAGGAGAUCCAGAGGCAGAGGGAGUCCAUCAUCCUGAUCGCCUCCGAGAAUGUCACCUCCCGCGCCGUCUUCGAUGCUCUUGGCUCGCCCAUGUCCAACAAGUACUCCGAGGGUCUCCCUGGCGCCCGGUACUAUGGUGGCAACCAGCACAUUGACGAGAUUGAGCUUCUCUGCCAGAAGCGUGCCCUCGAGGCUUUCACCCUCGACUCCUCCAAGUGGGGUGUCAACGUCCAGUGCCUCAGCGGCAGCCCUGCCAACCUGCAGGUCUACCAGGCUCUCAUGCCUCCCCACGGUCGUCUGAUGGGUCUGGACCUCCCCCACGGUGGCCACUUGAGCCACGGUUACCAGACUCCUGUGAAGAAGAUCUCUGCCGUUUCUACCUACUUCGAGACUAUGCCCUACCGAGUUGACAUUGAUACCGGCAUCAUUGACUACGACACACUCGAGAAGAAUGCCCAGCUGUACCGCCCCAAGAUCCUUGUUGCUGGUACCUCUGCCUACUGUCGUCUGAUCGACUACGCCCGCAUGCGCAAGAUUGCCGACUCUGUUGGUGCCUACCUCGUUGUCGACAUUGCCCACAUCUCGGGAUUGGUCUCCUCCGGCGUCAUCCCCACUCCCUUCGACCACGCCGAUGUCGUCACAACCACCACCCACAAGUCCCUCCGUGGCCCUCGUGGCGCCAUGAUCUUCUUCCGCAAGGGUGUGCGAUCCGUCAACCCCAAGACCGGCAAGGAGGAGCUGUACAACCUGGAGGACCCUAUCAACUUCUCCGUCUUCCCUGGCCACCAGGGUGGUCCCCACAACCACACCAUCACCGCUCUGGCCGUUGCCCUGAAGCAGGCCAACACCCCUGACUUCAAGGCCUACCAGAAGCAGGUCGUUGACAACGCCAAGGCUCUGGAGAACAAGUUCAAGGCCCUCGGCCACAAGCUUGUCUCUGACGGAACCGACUCGCACAUGGUCCUUGUUGACCUGAGGCCCGUCAGCCUGGACGGUGCCCGUGUCGAGGCCGUCCUGGAGCAGAUCAACAUCGCCUGCAACAAGAACUCCAUCCCCGGCGACAAGUCCGCCUUGACCCCUUGCGGUAUCCGCAUUGGCACCCCUGCCAUGACUUCCCGUGGCUUCGGUGUUACUGACUUUGAGCGUGUUGCUUCCUACAUCGACGAGGCCAUCAAGAUCUGCAAGGAGGUCCAGGGCGCGCUGCCCAAGGAGGCCAACAAGCUCAAGGACUUCAAGGCCAAGGUCGCCGGCGGCGAGGUUGAGAAGAUCAACAACCUCAAGAAGGAGAUCGCCGCCUGGUCUCAGACCUUCCCUCUGCCUGUUGAGGGAUGGCGUGUCGACGCUGGUAUCUAA